CUAACUACACUUACUACACCAAACUACACCUACUGCACCAGCAUUUACCAACUACACUUACUACACCAAACUACACCUACUACACCAGCAUUUACCAACUACACUUACUACACCAAACUACACCUACUACACCACCAUUCACUAACUACACUUACUACACCAAACUACACCUACUACACCAGCAUUCACUCAUUCACUAACUACACUUACUACACCAGACUACACCUACUACACCAGCAUUCACUGACUACACUUACUACACCAAACUACACCAAACUACACCUACUACACCAGCAUUCACAAACCACACUUACUACACCAAACUACACCUAGCACAUCUA